AUGCAUCCAAAGACUUUCAUACAUCAACUUUAUGCGAUUCUGCAGGAAUCGCAGCUUCAAGAAUGGAUUAGUUGGUUUAAAGAUGAUGAUUCGGUGUUUGUUCUCAAACCUCACGAUGGAGGUUUUAGUAAAUAUGUGCUAAGACGAUAUUUCAAGCACGGGAAUGUGAGCAGCUUUGUGCGUCAGUUGCAUAUGUACGGUUUCCAUAAGAUCACGAACCCCCAGGAGGGUUUGGGUGAGGGCAGGAGUGAUGAGCAGGGGGAUAGAGCUACGACCCGAUGGUUUUUCGCACAUCCGUUGGGAUAUUUUAGAAAGGAUGCUGAUCUUGCGUCUUUGAAGAAGAUUCAGAGGAAAAGCACGGGAGUUGGAAAAGACGGUAGGAGGAAAAAUGUACUGUCAACUGUAUGUGUGAAUUAUGUGGGAUCCAAGGGUAAUGAAGAGCCCGCUGUUCCGUUGGCAGAUCGUAGGCAUUAUGCUUCUCUACCAUUGCUUCCUGCAACGGGGCCUCUCCUGGCCAAACAAGGACCUCAGUAUCAGCAACCGCUACUGCCACAUAUUCAUCGACAGGAGCAUUUAAUCUCUAAAUCGAGAACGAUCUCGUCGCCGGAGUUGAUCCAGAGGCCGGGAUCGAAGCAGGUGCCGUCUGAAGGGUGUACACCGGUUCCUAUGCUGCAUUUUCAUAGAACUUCUUCUCCAUUGAACUCGCAGACGAACAUCCCACUUCCUGUCCAGAGAAAUGUGUUGACAAAUUCGUAUAUCACUCCGUCCUCUUCAGCAUUCUCUUCUACCAGUUCGGUAACAUCAUAUUCGAUGAUAGAGUAUCAUCACAGGCUGGAUAAUAAUUUGCAAAUUUUGAGGAACUCCUUGGUGAAAGUAGCAGAUAUCAUACCGUCUUUGUUCGAUAGUGGCUCUGAGAUUAAACCCAACUACGAUGAACACAUUAUCACCUUGAGACGGUUGAAGGAUGAACUUAUUGCGGAGAACAAUUCGUCUCGUAUAAGAUCUUUACAAUCGUCAUUUGCUGGACCGUCAACGUCGGGAACGUCUCCAAGUCACAUAAAUAGCAAUGAUCUCCCCGAUCCAAAGAUCAUUACGCCGAUUUCAGAAGCUGCAAUGAAUUUCAAGCCAAAAUUACCUAAUGAUGGGGAUAAACAUGAAGAGAUCAAUCUCAGUACAAAGGAUUUUACAGCACUGUAA